CCGAGGGGGGUGUGGCGGUGGUGGCUACCCUCAGCCAAAGGACGGAGAAUGAGAAACGAUCAUCCUUGUCACCCGGAAGAACGAAGUGGGAAGAAAAGACUCUGAAGGGAUUUUCAACAUUCCCAAAGUUGUCGCUGAUGUGGGCAUCGUGGACCUCUGGAAGUGAGAGACAGGAUGUGGAUCCUGGGGAGCGGAGGCGGGGGAAGAAUCAUGUUUCAGGGCUGGAGAGAAGUCUUAGAGGUUAAGGCGCUUGCCUGCGAAGCCUAAGGACCCAUGCUGUACUCUCCAGAUCCCACGUAAGCCAGGCGCCCCUAGGUGAGGCAAGGGUAAGGUCACACGUGCACACUAAGUGGUGCAGACGUCGUUCAGUGGCUGAGACCCUGGUGCGCCAAUUUUCUAUUUCUCCUUUUUGUCUAUCUCUAAGAUAAAAAACAAAAUAAGGAUACACCCGGACCUGGAAGCAAGAGACAGGAAGUAAAUGGGAAACAAUAAUAAAUUUACACCCGAACCUGGAACUGAGAGCAGGAAGUGGUUCCUGGGGGAACAAGAAUAAGGUUGCACCCUGACAGGGACAUUAGAGAGGAAGUGAUUCCUGGGGGAACGAAAAUGAGGUCGCGCGCGGACCUGGAAGCGAGACCGGAAAUGGAUCCCGGGGGAACAAACUUGAGGUUGCACCCACGCUCUGAGGCCGGUUCUCCUUAGACAAGUGAGUCCGGCGCGACGUGGGAGAAUGGCUUUUCCUGAGCCCAAGCCGAGGCCCCCGGAGCUGCCGCGGAAACGGCUGCGGACGCUGGACUGCGGCCAGGGCGCCGUGCGGGCCGUGCGCUUCAACGCGGACGGCCAUUACUGCCUGACGUGCGGCAGCGACAAGAGCCUGAAGCUGUGGAACCCGCUGCGGGGGACGCUGCUGCGUACGUACAGCGGCCACGGCUACGAGGUGCUGGACGCGGCCGGCUCCUUUGACAACAGCAGCCUCUGCUCGGGCGGCGGCGACAAAGCGGUGGUGCUGUGGGACGUGGCGUCGGGCCAGGUCGUGCGGAAGUUUCGGGGCCACGCCGGGAAGGUGAACACCGUGCAGUUUAAUGAAGAGGCCACGCUCAUCCUGUCUGGCUCCCUCGAUUCCAGUAUCCGAUGUUGGGACUGCCGCUCUCGGAAGCCGGAGCCAGUACAAAAGCUCGAUGAAGCCAGGGACAGCGUAUCCAGUGUGAAGGUGUCAGACCACGAGGUCCUGUCAGGCUCCGUUGAUGGCCGUGUGAGGCGCUACGACCUGAGGAUGGGGCAGCUCUUCUCGGACUACGUGGGCAGCCCCAUCACCUGCACCUGCUUCAGCCGGGAUGGGCAGUGCACCCUGGUGUCCAGCCUGGACUCCACUUUGCGGCUUCUAGACAAAGACACAGGGGAACUGCUCGGCGAGUACACAGGCCAUAAGAACCAGGAGUACAAGCUGGACUGCUGCCUGAGCGAGCGUGACACACAUGUGGUCAGCUGCUCUGAGGAUGGGAAGGUUUUCUUCUGGGACCUGGUGGAGGGUGCCCUGGCGCUGGCCCUGCCUGUAGGUCCUGGUGUGGUCCAGUCGUUAGCUUACCACCCCACAGAGCCCUGCCUGCUAACCGCCAUGGGAGGCAGCAUCCAGUACUGGCGAGAAGAGGCCUAUGCGGUGGAGGGGGGAGCGGGCUGAAGCUGGUGAAGCUGGCACGAGGACCAAGACAGUUGGAAGGCCAACAGAGACCUUUUAUUCUGGGGGCACUGCUGACCAGCGCGCGGGCCCAGGCGGGGCUGCAUGCAAAUAAAUAGAGGAGUGAGGCCCUGGGACAGGCUCGUCCUUGCUCUUCUCAGUCCUUGCUCUUCUCGGGCAUGAAGGCAUCUGCUUUCCGGGCAAAGGUUUCCGCCACAAGGAGGGGGAAGACCAGGGAGGCAUCUGCGUGGACCUGCACAGGACCCGGGUGGGCAACCGGGCCCACAGCCCGGGGUGGAAGACCGGGGAGGCAUUAGCAUGGACCUGCAGAAGACCCAGGUGGGCAACCGAGCCCACGCCCCAGGGACUCUGCCCGCCCAGCCACCCUCUACCUUCACGGGCUGUGCAUCCAUCCGGAUCUUGCCCCAAGAGACAGCUUCGUCUGGAUGAGCACCCGAGUCCGAGCCAUCAAACUCCUGGGCUGUGUUGACGUAGACGGCAUAAUCGGCCCCAUUCCGCUGUAAACAGGGCAAGGAGCCUGGUCAGCCAGCAGCAAACAGGGCACCAGGACAUGGGAGCCAAGCAGGCUGGGGUGUCCCAGAGGAAGGCAGCCCUUGAAGUGUCUGUGACAGUUUGCUGGACAAAUAAAGAGCUGUCCUUCCACACA